GAAGAUGCCGUUCCACCACGUCAGGUCUACUCUGCUCUACACUGGAAGUCUCCUGAGCCGGACACUGUCUGAAGGGAGCGAAACCUUCCAACUCACCAGCAUCUCCACAGAGGAGCUAGGAGAGAUCCGGGAGGCGUUCCGGGUGCUGGACCGGGAUGGGAACGGGUUUAUCUCUAAGCAGGAGCUGGGCAUGGCUAUGAGAUCCCUGGGGUACAUGCCCAGUGAGGUGGAGCUGGCCAUCAUCAUGCAGAGACUAGACAUGGAUGGUGAUGGUCAGGUUGACUUUGAGGAGUUUGUGACGAUAUUGGGACCCAAACUGCUGUCGUCUGAGACCAGAGAAGGUUUCCUUGGAAGCACCAUCGAUAACAUCUUCUGGCAGUUUGACAUCCAGCAGAUGUCCCUGGACGAGCUGAAGCAGGUUCUGUUUCACGCAUUCCGAGACCACCUGACGAUGAAGGACAUCGAGAACAUCAUCAUCAACGAAGAGGAGAGCCUCAACGAGACAGGGAACUGCCCCGAGUACGAGGGAGUCCAUCCUAAGAAGAAGAACAGACAGACAUGCGUGAGGAAGAGCCUGAUCUGCGCCUUUGCCAUGGCCUUCAUCAUCAGCGUCAUGCUCAUCGCGGCCAAUCAGAUGCUGCGGAACGGCAUGGAGUAAGCCAAUCACACUGUGAGCCUGGGGAGUGGGCCUAACAGUUAAAUGACCUCACUUCCUCUCUCUGCAGCAAAAACAGGAAGACAGACCAGCCAGAACCCAAACACCUCUGUGAAGGACAACUAUCUGUUAUCUUAAUGACGUUUGUUUUGAUUUAUAUCAUGAACAGUAAACAGACAAAAGAGUGCAAGUACUGAAGGACGCACACGGAAAAUGUUGUUUUCAGUGGAAAAAAAGACUAAUCAAAUCAAAAACACUAAGAGGACUUGAUGAACAGACCGGACAUGAUACAAAGCAAUCUUUUAUAUGUUGUGGGCAUAAAGGGAUUCCUUUCAUUUCUGUAUCAGAGAAGGC